GAAAAUAUUUCUUCUGACGCUCCGGAAGUGAAAGGUCCAUUCGAAAGCAGUCAGGCUGCGGCAGGGUGAGGAUGUGAGGACAAAGAUUGCACCUGAGCGAAAACAAACCCAUCCUGAAGACGAGUGGUGGCAUUUUAAAAACAGAGGUGAAGUUUUUUUAAAUGUGUCAAACCAGUUGAAAAGGUGAACUCUCAGAAUCUCUUAAGUCGAGUAGAAAUCCCUGGCUAGCUUUUUUUCUUUUUGACAAUAUGAAUCCAGCGGUGAGUGUCUCGUAGCAGCGACAAUGCUCAGGCCUGUCAAAACCGGCUUGUCCAGCUCUUUGCCGUCACAUCAAUGACCAUGGAUGUCAAAGCAGUUCUGGAGUUUGCCACAGUCACCAGGGGUCUCUCUCUGAUUUUACAGGCUGUCUUGAAUGCAGCAAUCCCUGACCAUGAUGCUGAUGCAUUCAGGCCCCCUCGGACGGAGGAGCCUCUCUACCUGGACUCCACAGUGGAGUGGUUGCUGGGCGGCCUCUCUCACUGGGAUGCUGAGCAUUUCCUCUUCAUUGCCGAGAGAGGAUAUCUCUACGAGCACAACUUUGCUUUCUUUCCUCUCUUCCCUGUUGUCCUCCGAGGCCUGGCCGAGACGCUGCUGUGGCCCUUGAGCAGCUGGCUGAGCGUGCGGGGGCGUUUGCUGGUGGCUGUGGCUGUGGGCAAUAGUGCCCUCUUCCUGCUGAGCGUGGUUGCCCUGCAUGCGCUCAGCAGAAUCGUUCUUCAGGACAGACGUCUCGCUAUGCUCUCCAGCUUGCUUUACUGCAUCACACCAGCCAAUGUUUUCAUGACUGCUGGAUAUUCAGAGAGCCUGUUUGCUGCGCUCACAUUCGGUGGUCUGUUUCUCCUGGAGAAAGGAUUCACCCUGCGAGCCUGCCUGGCCCUCAGCAUAGCCACAGCAGCACGAUCCAAUGGACUUGUAAACAUUGGAUUUCUACUGUAUCUUCCAUCACUGCAUGCUAUCUCCCAGAUCCGUGUGUAUCGAACAACAACAAAAGGUCACAGCAAAGUCUUCCACUACAUUUGGGUCAUCAUCCGCCUCCUGCUCACCUCCCUCCUGGGAACUGCAAUAAUUGUCAUUCCCUUUUGUGCUUUCCAGUAUUACGGGUACAGGACGUUUUGCACACCAUCCGUCUCCUUGGAACAGAUUCCCCCCUCACUUCUGUCUUUUGCUGAGCGAAAGGGGUACCGGGUUCCAGAUGAGAACGGUCCUCCACCCCUCUGGUGCAUGAGACCUCUUCCCUUGCUCUACUCUCACAUCCAGGAUGUGUACUGGGAUGUGGGCUUUCUCCGGUACUUUGAGCUGAGGCAGAUACCAAACUUUAUCCUGGCUCUGCCUAUGGCUAACCUCGGCAUUAUGGCAGCUUAUGCUUACUUUCAAGCAAAUCCAGAACUGUGUCUGAGACUGGGACUUUGGGAGACAAGUGCAAAUAAAGGACUCGACAAACCAAUACCGGGAAUGUUCAACCCCAGAGUUUUUGUGUAUGUAGUUCACUCAACAGUGCUUCUGGUGUUUGGAACGUUGUGCAUGCAUGUGCAGGUGCUGACCAGAUUCAUGGCCUCCUCGUCUCCUGUACCUUUCUGGAUCAGCGCUCAUCUGCUCCUCCUCAAUGAACCUCUUCUUCAUCGAAGAAAAACAUCAAACCCAAAUGUGCAGAUACAGACACACUCCAAAAAUGGAUGCCAUCACCAACCUCAAAACCCCAUCAUCGCUCUGCUGCCACACUUUACAACCUGUUCUCCUACCACGCAAAGCAUCCUGGGAUACUUCCUCUCUUACUGGGUACUGGGCCUCGCUUUGCAUUGUAACUUCUUGCCAUGGACAUAAGAUUUACUACUGACUGAGCUUUUAAUGCAAUAUAUCUAUGUAGGACUGGACUGUGUACCAUACCUUUUAACGAUAGAAGUGUUUUGUAGUGCAACAAUUUCCCCUUGUAGUUGCUCCUGUAAUAGUUACAUUGUUUUAUUGUCACAACACCACAAAGAAUAUCAGGAAAAAUAACUGCAUACAUAAACGCAACAAUUGUUCAUUAUUUAUUGUUUAAAAAUAAUGAAACACAUGUAACCAAUAUUUUGGUUAAAAGUAGACAAAAAAAUCUUGCUUUAAAAUAUGAUGUUAUUGUCCGGUCUUGCAUAGAAUCUAUGGAUCUGACUAGUUUAUUCAUGCCACUUCAUUCAUGCAAUAGAAAACAUAGUUGAUUUGCACCUUUCUGUUUUGAAUAUGUUUGCAAGUAUCUAAGAACAAACUCAAAUGUACAGUAUACAUAAAACUUGAUUGAAAACUGUUUAGUUGUAAAUCUUGGGAAAACUAUGGUUGUACUUGAAGAAAAAUACUGUAAGAAAAUAUAUUUUUGUUCCUCUCUGAAGCAUUACUUUUUUUAUUCUGUUUAAUAUUGCACUGCAUGUUUGGAAAAAUCAUUCCAAGUCAGAGUCUUUGGGGCUUUUGGGUAUGAAUUGAAAAAAAUGAAUAAAUAAACAUUUUGUUGCUGUUAAAUGAU